UAUAUAUACACACACCCGCACACACCAAAUCUGUCAAAAAAUCUCGCUCAUCAAGCGAUGACACAGAUGGCUCACACUCUACAUUACCUCUCCCUUCUUCUCCUUCUCCUCUGCACUCCAACUUCAUUCUCCGCACCUCCACCGGCCCUCUCCUUGGAACACAUCGACCCGACCCUUCCCUCCGCGUCCUCCUCCCCAACCAACCCGGAAUGCUCCAUCGUCGCCCUCCAACAAGCUUUGCCGACAUGGCGUCGGCUCCCUCCCGCCUCCGCCAACUACACCCAACCUCGAGAGUGGCCGUUCCCGUGGACCCGCGUCAUCCUCGAGCUCUCCGUCUCCGCCUCCGACCUCCAACAGCACCGCAUCGCCGCCGUCUGGAUCGACGGCGCCGAGGUCCUCCGCACCACAACUCCGACCCCCAAAGCGCCUGGCGCAUUCUGGAAAAUUCAAAAGGACAUUACGCGAUACGCUGCGCUCUUACGGCGAGUGGGUAAUUCAGGUGGGGUUGUUUCGAUGAUGCUUGAGAAUUCGAACCAGGUUUUGGCGGGAGUUUAUAGCGCGAACGUCACGUUGCAUUUUUACAGAGGAGGGAUGUUGGAGGGGAAGAAGAAGGUCGGGGUCACGGCACAUCCGACGAUCAAGGGGUUGUAUCGNAUAGGAAUGGCUAUUUUGGGUGUAGUUUCUGGUUUAAGGUGAUGAAUGAUAGUCACUUGGUGUCCUCGGAGGUGAAGAUUCCGAUGAACUCGUAUAGAGCCGUGCUUGAGAUUUUUGUAUCUUACCAUGGCGAAGAUGAGAACUGGUACAUGAACCCCC